CGCUAAGCUGAGCAGCAUCGUCUUCAUCAUCACAGUACAAAUGAAGAAGUAUGGCUGCACACUACAAAUAUGUCCCCAUGUUUUAACCAGAGACAUGGUUGAAACAUUUCCAAGCGGACAGACCACUUUUUCACCAUGAGGAUCCACUGCAAGAUUGUGGCGAUCGCGGUAUGUUUCGGAGUUUUUCUACUUUUGUACUUUUUCGGGGGGAACGCUACGGACGAGCCACCGCUGAAAGAAGUUGCUAAAGAAAAACAUUUUCAGUCCCUCAAUCAUAUCGAGGAUAUAGCACCGGCGAAAGAAGCGAAACAAACCAACGAAGAGCCACAGAAACCACCGAAACUAAUCCGCAAAGAGCCGAAGUUGAGCAGCAGAGGAGGGGGGAAUGUCAUCGCGAAGACUCGGCAGAAAAGCGAGGUGGGGCGUCCCGGGUCAAAGGUCACACGAGCAGAGGAUGUCAUGCACCUGGCAGUGGUGGCUUGUGGGAACCGUCUGGAUGAAACGCUCAACAUGGUGAAGUCAGCACUGCUUUUCAGCAUAAAGAAGAUCAAGUUUCACAUCUUCGCUGAGGAGGACCUGGCCGAACAAUUUGAAAAAGGGUUCAGUCAGUGGCCUCAGACGGUAUCCGCCAGGUUUCAGUACAGCAUAUAUCCAAUCACUUUCUCUGUGGGGAAUGCCGAUGAAUGGAAGAAACUCUUCAAGCCAUGUGCCGCCCAGAGGCUGUUUCUUCCCGUUAUCCUGAAGGACGUGGACUCGCUGUUGUACGUGGACACAGAUGUUCUCUUUCUCCGGCCUAUGGAUGACAUCUGGAAGUUUCUGAAGGCUUUCAACAGCACUCAGCUAGCUGCCAUGGCCCCAGAGCACGAGAUCCCCAAGAUCGGCUGGUAUAGCCGCUUCGCGAGACAUCCCUUUUAUGGAGUCACAGGGGUCAACUCAGGGGUCAUGCUAAUGAACCUCACGCGGAUUCGCAGCACUCUGUUCAGGAACAGCAUGAUCGCCAGUGGUCUGUCAUGGGAAAAUCUGCUUCACCCUCUCUAUCAAAAAUACAAGAACCACAUCACAUGGGGAGACCAAGACCUCCUCAACAUCAUCUUCCACUACAAUCCAGAGUGUCUGUACAUAUUUCCAUGCCAGUGGAACUACAGACCAGAUCACUGCAUGUAUGGAAGCAACUGUAAGGCUGCAGAAGAGGAGGGGGUGUCUAUUCUUCAUGGUAACCGAGGCGUGUACCAUGAUGAUAAGCAGCCCGCAUUCAGAGUGGUGUAUGAUGCCAUACAUGAGUAUCCUUUUGAGGAGAACUUGUUCCAGUCUUUAUUUUACCCUCUUCAGACUAAGUUCCUAGACACAGUGAACACCCUUUGUGGAAGGAUACCACAAGUGUUCCUCAAACAGAUCGAGAAGACCAUGAGGGCUGUUUAUGAGAAAAAAGUGGUGCGCCGUGUCCGACUACAUGAGUAAUGAGCCUCGACUGCAUUUCAACAUCAUAAGGAAGAAUUUCUGCCUGCCGCUUGGAUCAGAGAGAUCUUUUUCAUCGAAGACGAACAAUGCCAGAGGCAAGCUACAUUUGGUCCAUUAGGCACAGUAUGAGCUUCAUGAGCCAGAGGAGUUGGAGAUUUAAGCUGGAACAGUUUCUUUUGAGCAGACGUUUCGGUCUGCUGGAUGGAAACAGCAAUACAGGAUGAAUACAAUGCAAAACUCUUCAAACCAAUGCAUUGAGUGUCUCCAACUGUGGGUAGCCAACCCUAAGACAUGUCCCUAAAAGAAUAUGAGAGACUCAUAGGCAAAGCUGUUUUUAGCCAAUCCAAAAAUAUGGAUUCAGAGCUGUUUAUUUACAACUGUGUUGUACCAUUUUUCAGCAUCUAGUUCAUUGUGUCUAGUAUUACGCAAUUGGAGCAUUUGUGUCUCAGUACAAUUCUUGUAUUUAAGUGGCUGCACUAAUUUGUUUGUGCAUUCUGCUGCUUAAUAGCAUGAGGUAACGCCUUGUUUUCAAGCCACAAAAGUGAAUGUAGCACGCAGAAACAACCAAAGAGAACUAGCCUGUCAACCUUUAGAGCUCGGUAAGAUGUACAUUCAGUUUAAGCACAGCCCUAACGGUGGAUGUUCAGUGUUUACAUUGAAGAUGACUUGUUAGUAAGACUAGAAAGAAGCCUGAUGUUGUAAUGUCAUUGGGAUUGCAUUUUAAUAUAUAUAUAGAAUUUCACAAGGAAACCUUGGCCUUUUGUGGAAAUUCCAAUGAAGUAAUGACCAGUAAGAUUUUAAUGUUUUUUUUUUUUUUAUAUAUAUAAAGAAGUCUCUUCUGCUCACCAAGCCUGCAUUUAUCUAAUCCAAGGUACAGCAAAAAUAGUAACAUUUUGAAAUAUUUUAACUAUUUAAAAAACCGUCUUCUAUUUGAAUAUAUUUUAAAAUUUAAUUUAUUCCUAUGAUUUCAAAGCUGAAUUUUUAGCAUCAGGACCCAGUCACAUGAUCCUUCAGAAAUCAUUCUAAUAUUCUGGUUUGCUGCUCAAAAAAUAUUUAUUAUUAUUUUUAUGUUGAAAACAGUAGAAUUUUUCAGAUUUCUUUGAUGAAUAGAAAGUUCAGAAGAACAGCAUUUAUCUGAAAUGGAAAUCGUUUGUAAGAUUAUAAAUGUCUUUAUCAUCACUUUUGAUCAAUUUAAAGCAUCCCUGCUAAAUAAAAGAAAGCUUUUUAGUUCAGAUAAAUGCUGAUCUUUGGAUCUUUCUAUUCAUCAGAAUCCUGAAAAAAUGUACUCAGCUGUUUUAAAUAUUGAUAAUAAAAUAAAAAAAAUGUUUCUUGAACAGCAAAUAAGCACAUUACAAUGAUUUCUGAAUGAUCAUGUGAUCACCAGACCAAGACCAGUGCAAUGAUGCUGAAAAUUUAGCUUUGAUGAAAAGAAUAAAUUACAUUUUAAAAUAUAUUAAAAUUGAAAGCAGUUAUUUUAAAUAGUAAAAAUAUUUCUCAAUAUUACUGCUUUUGCUGUAUUUUGAAUUAAAUGCAUGCUUGGUACGCAGAAGAGACUUCUUUAAAAAACAUUAAAAAGCUUACUGUUCAAAAACUUUUGACUGAUAGUGUAUAUUGAUACGACAAGCCUAUUCUGAUGGAUAUAAUGAAUUUGAUGUUGAAUUUGUGGUGGAAUGUGUUUUUUAAGAUAACCUGACACAGUUUGUGGGAGCUAAGCAAAAGGUCUAAGUGUUAAGGUAUUUUUAGCAAUAUUCAGUCCAGUCAAGUUCAGAGGAAACAUUUAGUUGUUUUACCCUGUGCUUUGUUAGGAGUUUGAACUUCUGCCUUAGUGGGAUUAAACAGUUAGAAAGGUCUAUACAUCAUAACAGUAUUAUAUACAUAAAAACAAAUCUAUAAUAAAACCAUACACAGAUGGACAGUUUACAGUGAAGUGCACUUUUUAAUAAAUGUUGAAUUUGGAGAAAAUAAAAAUUAAAGAUAAGGGGGGAAAAUGACAAGAUUAGUUUAACAAAACAACCUCUGCACCCAGUAUGAUCAGUUUACCUAAAAAAAAAAAAAAAAAAAAAAAAUCUGAAAUUAUUUUAAUUUUGUGUAAUCGGAGCCUUUUAAUUUGUUGACUGUUUCUGUGUGAAAGUACAUAUAAAAAGCAAGAGUGUGUUGUGAUGUGUGUUUUGAUAUGUUCAUUAGCACAAUGUGCUUAAUUAUAUGUGUGACCGGUUUCCAGCCUCCUGUCACUGGUCUGGGAUCAGUGAUGACAUUUCUUUAACUGGAAACUCAGGAGACUCUUGUACAUCUGUUAUCUCUGUGUGAAGAGAUGCACCAGCGAUGUUCAUUGUAUCCAGUGUGCUUUUCUGUCCCUCUGAAUGUCUUACAUUGUAUGUAUUAUUGUCCUUUUAUACAGAAGUGUGUAUGUCAGAAAUGUAAUAAAUAUGCAUUUAAUAUUGA